GUUGCAGCAGUGUCGCAAUGGUUGAUGAUGGUAGUAAGAAUAACUCGGACGAGUUCAUUGGAUUUGUCGAGGUUUGCAUACAUCAGGCAAGAGAGAUACACAACAUAUGUAUAUAUCAAAACCAGGAUGUCUACGCCAAAUUCUGCUCCACCGAUAAUCCCGAGUCGAAAAUCUCGACCAAGGUUAUCAACCAAGGUGGCAGAAAUCCCGUUUUCAACAAAACCUUGAAUCUAAGUUUCCGAAAACUCGAUUCAUCCCUAAGAUGCGAGAUAUGGAUGCUGAUCGAGUCCGAAACUAUCUCGAAGAUCAAUUCCUUGGAUUUACGUCAGUGCCCCUUUCUGAUAUCGUAUCGGACGAGAGUGGGAAUUCGCCACGAGAGUUCGACUUGUCCUCGAGCGAAAUUAUGCAUUCUCAUGCGGGUUUUGUCGAAUUGUCUUUUAACUACUCUGGAAUAAUAUCUCACGAGUCUCAUUCUGUAUCGGUGGCUGAUGUGGCUCAUGAGCAAAAUGUUUCGUGUGAUCUCGAUAGGAUCGAAUUCCCCGAUCAAGAAACUGUGAAUGAAAACGAAAGAACAGUUUCGGAGCACUUGAGAUUCCCGUGUGACGAGCUUGACCCCCAGGUUCAGGGGGGUUCUUGCCCCCUAGAAAAUGACGAUAAUGACCUCAGUUUGAAAGGGGGGGGUUCUUGCCCCCUCAGAAAUGGCGAUAAUAACCUCAGUUCAAAAGGGGGUUAUUUCCCCCUUGAGAAUGACGAUAAUAGCCUCCGUUCGGAAGGGGGUUCUUGCCCCCUUUCAUGUAUUGAGGUUAGUUCACUAGAAACGGGAGAUGCGGAAAAACGAGAUGAUCAUAAGGGAGGUGGUGGAGACGGGGGAGAGGGUGUUUCAGGUAUUUUGCCUCUUGUCGUUAGCGAUGAAACAAAAGAGACGGUGGUGCAAGAAGAGAUUGUGGAUAUGUACAUGAAAGGUAUGCAGCAAUUUACGGAUGCUUUGGCGAAAAUGAAGCUACCGAUGGAUACUGGAGAUGGAUCGAAAGUUGAAACGGAUGAUGCCAAAAUGGAAAAUAAUCAGGCGGGCCCGAAUGGGAAAAUACAGGGAUCGAAAAGCCCGGAUCUUAGUAGCCCGAGGGUGUUUUACGGCAGUGGAGCUUUCUUUUGA